GCCACAAACUAAAAAGAGAUGGCUCUCCGGUGAAAGGAUUUUGGGCCAAAAAAAUUGAAGAGAUUAAGAGGUUAUUGGAAAAGAAGCAACUGGCAGAAGUCAACAACCAACUCUCAUUCUGGAUUAAGCAGAAAUCGAGGAUGUUGCCUAAGUACUCUACAUUCCAAAAGUCACUCGAGAAUCUAGGACUGAGGGCCCCAAUUCUAAGGGACCUUCUUGAUGCCAGACUCAUCAUGGUCUGGAAGAACCUAGUUACGAAGAACUGCACAUGGGCAAUAGCACUAAGAGAUACAGUCGCAAAGGAGCUAAGGAAGAAGAGGGAUAUCUCACCUCUACAGGCCCUGAAUGCAAACCCAGUCAAACUAAAAACUUGGCCGAAUGUAUGGAAGCCAUAUAUAAGAGCUUGGGGAAGAGUCAAAGGAAGAAUCCUAGCUAGAUCCAACUGGCCGUGGGAAGAACCUGAAAUUAUGAUAGACCAAUGGAUAGGCAAGCAGAUUUCAACCAAGCGCGUUAUUGAACUGCUUAGAAGCAACAAGAAACCAGGUACCGAUAGCACAGAAGAAACGAAAAACCACGUUACCAUACCAAACACAUGGGAGAAAAUGAAAAUGGGAACUGUCCAUGGUGCGAAGGCAGUACCCAGAGCAGAGAACAUUUUGGAAUCACAUGUAGGGUUAGUAAGAUCUUCUGGGAGAAAGUUUGGAUUUGGAGGAAGGGGAUACACCACCAAAAACGAUAGAAGACGUCUUUUCCGCAGACAACAUUCAAAACUCCGGCAAGAAAGAGGCAGUAUCAUUGUUACACACAACGGUCAUCUACGAACUCUGGUGUAUGUUCGCAGUGUAUAA